CUGUUCGUUGUUUGACUGAAAGUUCACAAGGACGGCCCCUACCCAACGUCUGCAUAAUAGACACCUCACUCCUCCCCAAAUUUCUUCCUUCUGCGAAGAAAAGCCGUGAAACUUUACCCCAAAUUUCUUCCUUCUGCGAUCUACAGCCGUGAUCUACAAAGCGAAUUUGUCGGUGAGAGGCGAACAGGCUAUAUCCUCUACCCCCAGUUGAACGGCCAGUGAUCCGCCCUGCAAAAGUCAGUCGAAUUUUGUCGGGAUCAGUGGACAGGCGUCGAAAUAUCGUCGGGCCCCUACUAGUGGGUGUUACGGUAUAAGAGGCAUCUUCGUCGGACACCAAUUCCAUAUCGAACCGACAGUAUAAAUUGUUGUUAUAGUUCUUUCAAAGACAUGGCCCCCAAGGGUGAAGGCGUAGUUGAGUGGACUGAAGCGCUGGAGAACGCUUUCAUUACCAUCUUGCUGGAGAAGUUCACAAGGACGCAUACAACAUAUUGGAAAGCCAGGGACUGGGAACAAAUGACUAAGGAGCUGGAAGAGCAAUUUCCAGGCACUAGUCUCGACGCCAACAAGUUGCGGCAAAAACUACGCAGACUGAGAAUCCAAUACACGCAGUUCACCGAGCUGAUUGCGCACACUGGAGUCGGCUGGGAUGAGACAACCAAUACCGUAAAGGUAAAUGCUGAUGUCUGGGAUAAGUUUAUUAAGAAGAACAGCGGCUUCAAGACUUUUCAGAACAGAGGUUGCAAGCAUUACACAUCAUUAAAAGAGUUGUUCAGGUCUAAGACAGCAACAGGUGCAUUACGAAUUUCAUCCACCGACCCACCAAAGAGCCCAGAAACAUAUGCACGCAUGGAUGAGGAGUUCCUACAAGCCGCGUCAAGCCGUGGGAAAGAACCGAUCAAUCUUGAAGAGGGAUCCGGCGAUAGUGAUGACCCCGUUCAUGAGGUUACCGAACCAGUAGUUACUGGGUCCCGUCGUCGUGUGCGCAAAAGGAGUUCGACCACCGGGUCGCGGUUGCAGGAGUGCCUUGACAUGUUGAAGUGCAAUAUCAGCAAUAGGGACAAGGACAUACAUUGUACCCCUCCUGAAACGAAGAAAAGCAAAUCCGUGACGAGCCCCGACAAACCAGCGAAGGGCAGCAUCGAGGAGGCGAUGGAUGUGCUCAAUAAAAUGCGUCCAUCCAUGUCCAUAAAAGAGUAUCUCGUUGCUAGUGAUCGACUUUCAAGGGAGGAGCACACACGGCGUAUGUUCAUGUGCCUUCUCGAUGAUACAAGGUUGCCAUGGGUUUGUAGCCUGCUUGACCCUUGAACGGCCACGGUCCAUCGUCUAAUGCGAUAUAUAUGUUUAUAACUAAGAGUUUAUUUGUUAUGUCAUCUACCAAACCUUUGUUUUAUAUUUGUUGCGUGUGCUAUUACUUUGCUUGAACUAUGUGUUUGUUUUAUGUGACUCUUGUGACAUGCAAUUACGAUAUUUGUGAUAUGCACUUGCAUUUGUUUUACAUUUUAAUCUUGAUUCCUUUGACCAUAUCAUUUCAAUUCUAUGCUUUUGGUAAUCUGCCAAUUUUUUUGUCGAUAUAGUUCGCUAAGCUAAAGGGAACACACAAUGUCAAGACACGGGAAUUCACGACGAAAUGAUAACCAAUCAAGCGAUGCCCAACUUAUGGGGAUUUAUCUAGCGCUGGAGAUUGCGGCGGCCGAAGAAGAUGUCCCGCGCAACAUUCCUUGUCGAACCUCACGUCUACAAGGCAGAUAUUACAUAGAGAAAGUUCUUGGCAAUGACACAAGGUGUUACGAGAAUUUCAGGAUGAACCCUCACAUAUUUCAUAACCUGUGCGAUACGCUAAGAGCAAACUGUGGAAUCAGAAAUAGCAGGAAUGGUAUGACCGUCGAGGAGAUGGUCGGCAUGUUCUUAUUGGUAGUUGCACAUAGUACUCGGUUGGCCGUGGUUGCAGAACGAUUUCAACAUUCUAAGGAGACGGUGUCACGAGUCAUCAAGGUAAUAGCUCAUGGAAUUCAUUCGUUGUCACCAACGUAUAUAAGACGGAGGAACGUUGCUGUGCAGCCGAAAAUUCAGAGUUGCCGAAAAUGGUACCCAUUCUUUCAGAAUUGCAUUGGAGCAAUCGAUGGGACCCAUGUGUCUGCUUGUGUGCCAUCAUCGGUGAGAGGCGCGUAUCGCUAUCGGAAUAACGAGAUUACGCAAAAUGUACUCGCCGCUUGUUCGCAUGACAUGAUGUUCACUUAUGUCGUCACUGGAUGGGAGGGUUCUGCUCAUGACUCUCGAAUUCUGUCUGAUGCCGCUACAUUGGAAUUAUUCCCUGCACCAUAUGGCGAACAAUAUUAUGUAGUCGAUGCGGGAUUCCCUAAUAUUCCCGGGUAUUUGGCUCCUUACAAAGGCCAAAGGUAUCACCGCAGUGAUUAUAAUGACGACACGCCACCAACGACGGAGAAAGAAUUAUUUAAUCAACGUCACGCAUCCGUUCGUAAUGUUAUCGAACGGUGUUUUGGGGUGCUGAAGAACAGAUUUGCAAUACUGCGGACAAUGUCAAAUUACGGCCCGCUUCGCCAAGGACAAAUUACUCUUGCAUGCUUCGUGUUCACAAUUUCAUUCGGCUAAAUAAUUAUCACGAAAGAUUAUUUGAAGAGUAUGGAAAUGCAUGGGAAUAUUACGAUGAAUUCCGAAAUCCUCCUCAUGUAACUGGGGAUCGGAUUGAUGUAGACAUGAGAAGUAGGGAAAUGGAUGCAUUACGUAAUCGUAUUGCAAAUGCAAUAUGAAAUGCGGAAACAAGAGGAAACCGGUAAUAUUGGAAUGAAUGGACGAUAUAGAUAAUUAUUUGUAAUGGGAUUGUAUGUUUAAUAAUAUAUGGGGCCCACCAGUUUGACUUUUGAAA